UUUGAUUGUGGACACAAAAAACUGCGAAAUCCAGGAGAAGAAGGACAGCGCCCAGAAGAAGAAGAAGAAGAAGAAGCGAGAGCGCGCGUCCGUGGAUCUGUGUGGAAAUGUUCGCUCGGUCACGCGGCGUGGAAACAUCACGACACACCGCGAGCUGUGCUCGUUUGAGGGAGGAAAGGAGGUGAGGCUCGUGCUCUGGACUGUUUUCGUGGCCUGUGGCAGAGAUGAGCUCCGUGAUGAGCCCCGUGGGCUGUGGACGUCUUUUGGUUUGUUAAAGACACAGCGCCACACUCAGAUCUCCCAACAUGCAACAGUAGUGACCAGCAGUCCUCUUUGAUCCCAGAGCCUCGAGCCUUGUAAGGAAGCAGGAUGUUCACAGGAUCCACUAAACUUCCUCCCACUAAAAGUCCUCAGCCCGAGCGUCUGGAUGAAGUUUACGCCGCCUUACGCAGAGGCUUACAGUCGUACCUGCAGGUCCACCAGCUGGAGCUGGACAGUCUUGGUCAGCAGAUCAGAGAGAACAAGAGGAACGGUCGUUUGGGCUCGUUGUAUGAGUUGGACAAACAAGUGAAAGCCAUCGAGAGAUUCAUGAGACGCCUGGAGUUCCACCUCAGCAAGGUUGAAGAGUUGUACGAUGCUUAUUGUAUUCAGCGGCGUCUCCGUGACGGAGCGAGUAAGAUGGUGGCAGCGUUUAACUCGGCCACCGGCAGCAGGGAGGCCAGAGAGAGUCUGAGUGAAGCUAACAAGGGCUACAGGGAAUGUACGGAGCACAUGUGUUCACUUGAGAGUGAAUUAGAAAGUCAGAUGGGAGAAUUUCACAUAAAGAUGAAAGGUCUUGCAGGCUUUGCUCGGCUCUGUGCUGGUGACCAAUAUGAGGUUCUGAUGCGUUACGGACGUCAGCGCUGGAGGCUCCGAGGUCGUGUGGAGGUCAGCAACAAGCAGAUCUGGGACAGUGAAGAGUAUAUUUUCCUGCCUCUUGUCACAGAGCUGCUGUCAAUCAAGGUGACGGAGCUGAAGAGUUUGGCCAAUCACGUGGUGGUGGGCAGUGUGUCCUGUGAGAUGCUGGAUCUGUUCUGUCCACUCCCACAGACGCUCGCUGUGGACAUCAACGACCUGGGGACGGUGAAGCUGAACCUGGAGGUCACCUGGAGUCCGUUUGAUAAAGACGACCAGACCUCGUCCACCAGUACGGUUUCUAAACGGCUGCUGUCCAAUCAGAGCCCUCCGGACACGCCCUCUAUGCGGGAGCAGGUGUUUUAUUCUCUGCUGAAGCGUCAGGGAGAACUGGAGAACGGGACAGUUUGGUCAAACUCGUCUGAGUCUUCAGACGACUCGUCUAGUCCUGCUCUGGCUUCUCACUCGUCCAGUCCUGCUCCUGCUCCUGCUCCUGCUCCUCAUGCUCACAAACUCAGCUCCUCUCACCUGCUGCAGACCACGCUGAACAGUCCACUGUCCUUCACUCCACACAAGAGCAGCGCGUCAACACCGUCUCUGUCCUCUAAUCAGGAGGAGGACGAGACAGAAGCCGCUGAGGUCUUCUCUCAGACGGAGACGGUUCCUAACGGCCACGUGCAGACUUCGUGUUCUCACAGUCUGGUGGGCGAGAGCAGCACAGACUCUAAUGUGAGCGACAGAGCGUCUCUGCAGUCAGCCGACCUCACUCUCAGCUGCUCCUGCACCGACGUCUCUGCUGCACCUCCUGCGUCUGCGGAGGUGACGGCAGACGACAGCAGCAGUGUCUCAGCUGAGGACGUGAAGGACGCUGAAGCAGAGAAGGAGGACAGCGGUGGACACCCGGGAGAAGAAGCGUCAGACAAACACAGUCAGACGUCAGAGUCGACACAGGAACUCAAACAAUCAGAGGUUCCUUUUCCUACUUCCACCAGUUUCAUCCAGGAAGUGGAGACAGCUCUCGAAAGUUUUGACUUCCUCAACUGUUCUGACCUUGAUGAAGAGGAGGAGGAGGAGGAGGAGAAGGAGAAGGAUGAGCAACAAGAGAAGGAUAAAGGAGAAAAAGAAGAAGAGGAUGAGCCUCAUAAAGAGAAGGAAGAACGUUUCUACUGUGGAGGAAGCAGUGAUGACGAUGAUGACGAUGAUGACGAUGAUGAGGAAGCAAACGGUCUUGAGAUCCUCAUGGAAGCUCCUGAAGGAUUUAGGAACUCAGAUGAAGAUCGUUUCUCUGAGUCACAGGAGUCGAGCGUAGAAGACGUACAGGAUUUGGGACAGAUUGAUGUCCCUGAGGACAAAGAGGAACCUGGAGAGGAUGCGUCACAUGAUCAGAAGGGGCGUGACCAUUUAGCCACGGCUGUCUUUUAAACCGCUUUUCUCUGAUUGACUCAUCUCCCUCAUACUCUGAGUCUCCGGGAGCCGGGACCAUGUCCCACGUCCCACGUCCCACGUCCCCUCACCUCUCAGACAGAGCCUGGACCACGUCCCAUGUCCUCUCACCACUCAGACAGAGCCAGGACCAUGUCCCACAUCCCACGUCCUCUCACCACUCAGACAGAGCCUGGACCACGUCCCAUGUCCUCUCACCGCUCAGACAGAGCCAGGACCAUGUCCCACGUCCCACGUCCUCUCACGGCUCAGACAGAGCCAGGAUCAUGUCCCACGUCACCUCACCGCUCUGACAGACCCGGGACCACAUCCCACGUCCCCUCACCGCUCAGACAGACCCGGGACCACAUCCCACGUCCCCUCACUGCUCAGACAGACCCGGGACCACAUCCCACGUCCCCUUACCGCUCACACAGAGCCGGGACCACAUCCCACGUCCCCUCACCGCUCAGACAGACCCGGGACCACAUCCCACGUCCCCUCACCGCUCAGACAGACCCGGGACCACAUCCCACGUCCCCUCACCGCUCAGACAGACCCGGGACCACAUCCCACGUCCCCUCACCGCUCAGACAGACCCGGGACCACAUCCCACGUCCCCUCACCGCUCAGACAGACCCGGGACCACAUCCCACGUCCCCUCACCGCUCAGACAGACCCGGGACCACAUCCCACGUCCCCUCACCGCUCAGACAGACCCGGGACCACAUCCCACGUCCCCUCACCGCUCAGACAGACCCGGGACCACAUCCCACGUCCCCUCACCGCUCAGACAGACCCGGGACCACAUCCCACGUCCCCUCACCGCUCAGACAGACCCGGGACCACAUCCCACGUCCCCUCACCGCUCAGACAGACCCGGGACCACAUCCCACGUCCCCUUACCGCUCACACAGAGCCGGGACCACAUCCCACGUCCCCUCACCGCUCAGACAAACAGGCUCUAACAUCACGACAGAGUCUGUGCACAUAUUUGCCUUCUUUUGACCAAGAAUGAUAAACACAAUUUGUUGCAGCUCAGUUGUGUGUGGAAGGAAGGAGGCGUGUCCUCCUAAAGGAGGCGUGUGCUCCUAAGGUGUUUGUACAUUUGACACACACACACACACACACACACACACUUAUCCUCAUGUUGCCUGGGUUACAGUGGGCGUCCACUGAAGUUCACUCAUUCAUAAAGUGUUGAUGUAAAUGUAAACAUGUCAGGAUCAGCUGAGCGCGGCCUUGUUUGUUUUGUACGUUAACGUUUCCUUAGCGUACGAUCAGUUUCUUCAGUGUUAGACGCAGCGUUCAUGACUGAAGCCUGAAAAGCAACAGGAUAUUUUCACAUGAGCAUUAACGUCAUGAAAGAGUCCGAGCGGUUGAACGAACAUGCGUUUUUAUAGAAGAGUCAAAGGAUUUCAGCCUGUUUGUUGUAAACUAUAAUAUUUAAAGCUGCAUGUGUCGCUGCCUCACACUGCCAGCAUGUCUGUACAAAGAGCUCGGCUCCAUUGUAAGGACGCCAUCAGUUCUGAAGCUGUGUACAAAAGCUGCCUCACGGGGGCGCUGUAGUCCAUCAGCAUCGUGCUUUACCAUUGUUCUAAAAGCCUCAUCAUUCAGAAAGUGCCUCAUGAGACAGAGAUGUUAGGACAGCAGAGAACAGUGUUUAUUUUCUGAAUUACUUUGAAGAGUGUGCACAAUAAGAGAUAUUUACCGUUUCAUAUAAAUAAUUGUAUAUGUCUUGAAAUGUUCAAAUGUUUAUGUUGACAAAAGUUCAAUCUUUAUAAAGCUUUCUUUAAAAGUAA